UUGGUCCAACGAGAGGAGAAAAUGUGGAUCGUGCUUCAUCUGCUGCUCCUGCUCCAAAGUGGAGCAUGUACAGGUGCCUACAACUUUUCCACUCAGACUCUUGGACUUGGACAAAAUGUCUCUCUGACAUGUCCCCGCGGGACAACUGAGAAUAUUGAACGCUUAAUUUGGAUCCGACUUGUUUCUGGAACCUAUCCUGAAAUUUUAGCUACAACGGCAUUUUACGAUUCAGGACCUGUUGAAAAUGGAACAUUGAAUACUGGACAUCGCAUCACAGCCAAAAAAGAACAAGGAACAUUUGUUCUGCAAAUUAGUCAAGUAGAGAAAAGUGAUACGGCGAUCUACUAUUGUUUAAAAGUGAACUUUGGUCAAUUCUCGUUUUUGAAAGGAACAUUCCUUCAGGUCACAGAACCAGAACCCUCCGUGUCUGUUGUCUCUGAAGUCCAACCAGGACCGCCUGUGAAGUUGCAGUGCUCAGUCCUCUCCCACUCUGGGAAUGACAUCUGUCAGGAUGGACACAAAAUGUCCUGGUUCAGAACUGGACCAGAAAGUGUCCAUCCCAGCUUUGUUUACGCUCAUAAGGAAUGCAAGAAGAUCAAAGAUAAGUCCACACAGAAAUGUGUCCACACUUUCUCAAAGAACGUCAACUCCUCUGAUGCUGGAACUUACCUGUGUGCUGUGGUCACAUGUGGGAGGAUUUUCAUGGGAAAUCCAAUAAAAGUCAACACUAAAGAUGGUGGCAGCUCUGAUUCAUACAAGUAUGUUAUAAUCGUCUUGAGUGCUGCUUUGGCCUUAAGUUUCAUCAUGUCAGCCUUCCUCAUCAACAAGAUCAGGACAAAAAACAGUUUUUCCUGCAAAGCUGGUCCACAAACACUCGAUGAAACAUUCAGUCGCGUCCAGCAGAGAGACGAGGACUCUUUGGUUUAUUCCGUGCCGACCAUUGUUACCAAGAAAACUGGCAGAGCGAGGCAGACAAAUAGGAGGGCAGCAGAGGAAUUCAGCACGUACGGUGACGUGCGUCUUCAAAACUAAAUCCUCCUGCUCUGAUUUACCAAAGUAUUAUCUUAAGAGUUGUAUUGACUUUCUGUAAGACUUGGCGCAGUGUGCUGAGAGAUGCAAGACCUGUUGAUGAAGAUAAUCCAAAAUUUACUAUAUUUUCAGGUUAUAGGCUGCUAUUUUGUUUUCACGAUUUGAACCCUGCACUUUAUACAAUGCUGCGGCUACUAAUAAAUAUUUAAGGGUUCAUAAACUAAAUUUGCUCUUUAGCGCCGCCCUCGUGGCUCCCUGUAACUUUUUCAAAAAUGUGUGAAAAUGGAAAAGAUGGUGGAAAAAAUAUAAUUUUUGUUUUAAUAUUGUUUUUGUAAGAGAGCAAACAUGACACACACAUUCCUAAUGGUCAGAAAUCCCACUGUUUAUAUUAAACAUGCUUCACUGAUGAGAGGAUUUGGCGAGCACCGUUUUGUCCAACUAAUUUGGGCGGCCCAUCAACGCACCGUAGUUUGUUUACAUGUAGCUGCCACUCUUUUUUGGCUCAUUUUGAGAAAAAAAAAAAAUUCAGUCUAAGCCUGGGCCGCUGGAGAGGGGGUCCAGACUGAGGCCAAGGGAAAAAAACUUCAUAGCCAUAGCACACAUAAACAUGUGUUUAAGAGGGUAUCAUCAAAUAACACAAAGGAAAUUAAAGACAUUAGAAGAGCAGAGCUGAUGCAACCAACCACUUCUACACACAGCCACACAAGUAAAACAAAAAAACAUAUACACUGUGGUGGCCUCUGCGGUGUUCUACGCCAUCGUCUGCUGGGGUGGGGGGAGCAUGGCCAGAGACAGGAGCAGACCCAACAAAGCAACCAUGAGAGCCGAUUCCACCCUCGACCGCCCACCAAUAUAAACACUUACAUCAUGUGUUGCCUGCAUUGUAAGACUUAUGUAAGGCGUUUACUUUUUUGCAGCUCCAAAAGGAUUUUUAUUUGGUAUUUUUGGUCCAAUAUGGCUUUUUCAACAUUUUGGGUUUCCGACCCCUGCAUUAGUCCAAUGAAAUUGCCAAAAGGGUUAUGGUGGACCAAAUAAACUGUUCACAGCAAAUCAAAACGCACUCACACUUAUUAUGGAGAAGUCGCAACAAAAUGCACACAACAAAGCUCCAAAGUCAAAGACGAUCGACACAGGCAUCGAACAACAAAACGGCCAACGCCGCACAGAACGGAACGGAAAUCCACCACCACUAACAGGCCCCAACAGGACGCGCCAAAGAAGACACGUUCAGUAAAGAAGGAGGAGAAGGACGAAUACCGCGCUCAGGUAGGCUACUCUAAGCUGUUCUACAGUCACUGUCUUCUGUCAAAUUUGGGACUGAACACAAGCACCUGUGUAAAUAUUGCAAUGUCUGCAUCUGCAAUUACAGAUUUGUCCAAAAAUGUAAAAUUUAGCCCAGAUUUUGCAAUAUUUUUUAUUGUACUUUUGUGCUGAUUUGAAACAUAAAUGUCCACCCUGUUUAGUUCCAAAAUCAAUAUCAUGUGUAUGUUGAUGAUACUUCAUACUGCAAACAGUAAAUAAAAAGUACUGACAUUUUGCAGUAUUCUUGCUCUGUGGAGUCAUUGCAACAAUCGUGUAUGACAUUGUUGCACACUUG